AGAACGUACAACGACUUGUCGCAGUAUCCAGUGUUUCCUUGGAUACUGGCUGAUUAUGAUUCGGGUUAUUUGAACCUUAACGACGUGAGUGCUUUCAGGGACCUGAGCAAGCCCAUGGGUGUGGUCAAUCCGAAGAAUGAAGCCGAAGUCCGGCAAAAGUACGAGACGUUCGAGGACAUGUCUGGAACCGUGCCAAAGUUUCAUUACGGAACGCAUUACUCGAAUUCCGCCGGAGUUUUGCACUUCUUGGUGCGAGUGGAACCUUUCACGUCUCUGCACAUCGAUCUUCAAAGUGGAAGACGUUGGUGGGUUCGGGGUGAAAUGACUGGGAAUGGCGACGAAUUCGGUUUCGGCCUGUUGUUGCUGGGUUCCGUAUGGCGUAGAUUUGGGAACGAUCGUCAAGAUUGUUGGUCCGUCGGUGCGUACGAGUGCAGCUGGAAUCAAGUAGCCAAUUGUUGUUCCGUAUCCAUUUACCACCGGCUGGAGCACAACGAUUUCCGGGUUGUUUUACCUGAAGGGGUGACGGAGGUCGCAGAAAAACGGUUUCUAAGCCGCUCGUGGUUCCGGUGUCACGUUUUGUCUUUAGGUUUGCUGAUGACGUUCGAUGUUGCUGAUCGCCAGUUUCAUUCCCUGAAGGGCACUUGGCAACUUCUCAUGGAAGGGGGUUCUGAUGUGAAAGAACUGAUUCCCGAAUUUUUCUACUUGCCUGAAUUCCUGAGCAAUGCCAACAAAUUCGAUUUGGGGAAACUGCAGAGUGGAGUUCGAGUUGACGACGUGAUUUUGCCGCCUUGGGCUUCAAAUCCCGAGGAUUUCAUUCAUAAACAUNAACUGCAGAGUGGAGUUCGAGUUGACGACGUGAUUUUGCCGCCUUGGGCUUCAAAUCCCGAGGAUUUCAUUCAUAAACAUCGAAAAGCAUUGGAGAGCGAGUUCGUGACGCAGACGUUGCAUAAUUGGAUCGACUUGAUUUUCGGUUACAAGCAGAAAGGAUCGCCUGCUAUUGAAGCUCUGAAUGUGUUCUACUAUUGCAGUUACGAGGGAGCGGUGGAUUUGGACGCGAUUGCGGAUUCCGCAGAAAGAGCUGCAAUCGAAGGCAUGAUAAAUAAUUUUGGCCAAACUCCUUGCCAAUUGCUGCGAGAUCCACAUCCUCGUCGCAUCUCACACGAAGAAUUCAUCUUCCGCGCGUCCAAAGACUACAAACCGCCGAAUCUGUUGGCUUUCACGCAGCACCUGGUUUCGAAAAACUUGCCAAUUUCUACGAGAAAUGACCCGGUUAUCCUUUGUUUCAUCCCGCUUCAUCAGCAUUCACCUGGACGAGCCUCGUUCAUUCAGCACUCGGGCAUGGACACGUUGUUGACCCUGACGGCGAGUGGGAUCGUGGGAAACCAUGCCUGGUUGCCGUCUGACAAAGCGAACCCACACGGGUUCUCCUUCUUCAAGGACAAUACCAUGCAUAACCCGAGGAGCAUGAAGAGGAUCGGUGGUGCGUGUUUCGACCCGUCGUUGGUGUUGAGUGAUAAGGUUUUUGCAGCGUCGAAUGACGGAAAGACGAUUUUCUGCGGAGGGCAUUGGGAUGGAUCCGUCGGAGUUUUCUUCAUAAGCAAAGCUAAAAUCAUUCAAGUCCUUCAUCGACACUUGGAUGUCGUGACAUGUUUGGCUGUGGAUGGAGCAGACUCGCUCCUGAUGAGCGGAUCGAAGGACACCACGUGUAUUCUAUGGUCGAUCGGACCGGCGAAUUCGUCAGCAAAUGGACCAGGUGUCGCCUCUGUUGUUGGUGUCGGAGUUGGCGGCACUUAUCCGCCAGCUGGCAGCCUUGAGGUGGAUCCACGACCCUUAUUCACGUUCUACGGGCACGAUGCACCCGUGACCUGCGUGUCACUUUGUGCAGAAUUGGAUAUGGCCAUGAGUGGUUCAGAGGAUGGAACCGUAAAUAUCCAUUCGAUACAAGACGGAUGUUUCAUGUUCUCUCUUAUCCCGCCGACUUACGCGAACAUGUGCGGCCCGGAAGUGUCUCUGCUGGCAAUGUCAUCGAUGGGCUACAUCGCAGUUUACUUUGAAGAGAAGACUGGAACAAAUCGCCACUUGGAUAUUUAUUCGGUGAACGGAAAGCAUUUGUUCGCGCAUCGACCUCAGCAUCCAAUUCUGAGUAUGGUUGCUCGAGGUGACCAUUUGCUGACUGGAGACAUUGCUGGGAUGCUCUCUAUCCGGGAAAUACACGGGUUGGCAUUAAUGAGCAUGAUGACGUUGGAAGCACCAAUGACGUCGAUGUCAUUUGCCCCCGGGGCAACGCAUCUUUUGGCAUCGCUGACUGACGGCAAUGUUGCCGUCAUCAAUGCCCAGUUCUUCUCGUCUUCCUGAGUUUCCAUCGAUAAAAGCAGUGAGCCUCAAGAGGAAUGCGAAAACAUAAGCUGUGGAAUGUAAAAGAUGUAUUUGAUGUCCGGAAGGUAAACUGUGCAGUGAGAAAAAAAUUAGUGUACUUCGCAUAUUUCGGAGCUUACAGGUGUACCUUGCGAUCAAAAUUUCUUUGAGAAUGUCAAGAUUAACAAGGUGUUCUUCGAAGUAAGAAAAGACGAAACUUUCUCCUCAAACACGAACGGCCAAUCGGGAAAAGCGGAGGCAUUUUCUUUUUUUAAUUACACUUCUGAAUUUAUGUGAAGUCUAUCCCGGUUCAAAAAUUACAGAAUUUCUCACUGCACAGGAAAUUUGUUGAACAAUCUGUACACGUUUACGAAGCAUACAUUUAAUGCCUAAAAGAAUCUCCGCAAAUUUUUGAUCGGAGGCUUGCUUUGUUUUUCAACUAAGGAAUCCUGAUUCAGCGUUUAGAGUCCGGCCAUUUUGAAUGACCGAUGAAAUAAUGAUUUUGGAUUAAAGGAAUUGGAUUUACAAUAAGACCGUGAGCAGUAUCUUCGUGCGGAUAUUUUUUUUCGUUUCGGAGUUGAGAUGUGCGUGUUUUAAAGUGGACCGGCUCAGGGAGUGGAUUUUCUGAAGUUAGCUGAAGUGUGUUGACAGCGAAGAAAACAACUGAAGGUUAACUAGUUCGACUGUCGAGUUUAAAAGGCUUAGACGGGAUCAGUGGUUCCAGUGCAAUUGAGAAUUGCCGUGAUUCAGUGGCUGCCUGUUUUAAAAGAGUUUUUGUUUUUAUAGACAUUUACAAGGGAUAUUAGGUUAGUUCAGCGCUGACCUUACAUGACGUAACAAAAGAUGUUGAGUUAUGUCAGCGUGUGUUUUUAUCGUGAUUGUGCAGAAGGAAUCGUGACAUCGGUAACGGGAAAAAAUCGGUAUUGGUUCAAGCGCAAUUUUUUUGUUUUUGUUUGAUUGACAAAACACUUUUUCAUGCCAUUGAAGGCUUCUCGAAACCUUGAUUGUGUUUUUUUGUAAUUGAUUGUGAUUUUGGGUUUGUUUCUGGCACCAUUCCGUUUCCGUGAUUUUUUUGUUCGGUGAAUCGUACAGCGGUUGUAUUUCGUCAAUUAUUCUGUCCAGAAAAUGUCAGUGUUAGCGAAAUCUCCAUUCCAGAAUGUUCAUGUGGGGCAACUUAAAAGUUGGCUCAUUUUAGUCCCCUUUUCCAAGAUUGUUGACGCGUGGUUGGAAUACAGAAGUAUCUGGUUACUUUGUCAA